CCUGCGGUCGGCUCCUCGUGGCGUGAAUAUACGGCGUGUCGUCCCCGUUGCUCUCGUGCGUUUUUUUCCGUGUCCAGGAUGAGGGAGAUCGUGCAUAUCCAGGCUGGCCAGUGCGGGAACCAGAUCGGUGCCAAGUUCUGGGAGGUGAUCAGCGAUGAGCAUGGCAUCGACCCCACGGGAACCUACCACGGGGACAGCGAUCUGCAGUUGGACAGGAUCAGUGUUUACUAUAACGAGGCUACAGGUGGUAAAUAUGUGCCCAGGGCAAUUCUGGUGGACCUGGAACCUGGCACCAUGGAUUCCGUGAGGUCUGGACCCUUCGGACAGAUCUUCAGACCCGACAACUUUGUGUUUGGCCAGAGCGGUGCUGGUAACAACUGGGCCAAGGGUCACUACACAGAGGGGGCUGAGCUGGUGGACUCCGUCCUGGAUGUGGUCCGUAAAGAGUCCGAAAGCUGUGACUGCCUCCAGGGCUUCCAGCUCACCCACUCCCUGGGCGGCGGAACCGGCUCGGGCAUGGGAACGCUGCUGAUCAGCAAGAUCCGCGAGGAGUACCCCGACCGCAUCAUGAACACCUUCAGUGUGGUGCCCUCCCCAAAGGUGUCAGACACAGUGGUGGAGCCUUACAACGCAACGCUGUCCGUCCAUCAGCUGGUAGAGAACACAGACGAGACGUACUGCAUUGACAACGAGGCUCUCUACGACAUCUGCUUCCGCACUCUCAAACUUACCACACCCACAUAUGGGGACCUCAACCACCUGGUCUCCGCCACCAUGAGCGGCGUCACUACGUGCCUCCGCUUCCCCGGGCAGCUAAACGCCGACCUCCGCAAACUUGCCGUCAACAUGGUGCCUUUCCCCCGCCUGCACUUCUUCAUGCCAGGCUUUGCCCCACUGACCAGCAGGGGGAGCCAGCAGUACCGUGCCCUCACUGUACCUGAGCUUACCCAGCAGGUGUUUGAUGCCAAGAACAUGAUGGCGGCCUGUGACCCACGUCACGGCCGCUACCUGACCGUCGCCGCCGUGUUCCGCGGACGCAUGUCCAUGAAGGAGGUGGAUGAGCAGAUGCUGAAUGUGCAGAACAAGAACAGCAGCUACUUUGUGGAAUGGAUCCCCAACAACGUCAAGACCGCCGUCUGCGACAUCCCGCCCCGUGGCCUCAAGAUGGCCGUCACGUUUAUUGGCAACAGCACGGCCAUCCAGGAGCUGUUCAAGCGCAUCUCCGAGCAGUUUACCGCUAUGUUCCGUCGUAAGGCCUUCUUGCACUGGUACACGGGCGAGGGUAUGGAUGAGAUGGAGUUCACCGAGGCAGAGAGCAACAUGAACGACCUGGUGUCUGAGUACCAGCAGUACCAGGACGCCACCGCUGAGGAAGAGGGCGAGUUUGAGGAAGACGCCGAAGAGGACGCUUGAAAACCGGCGUGAAGACCGAGACCUCAAUUCCAAAAGAAAGAAAGAAACCCGAGAACCCGACAUCGUCAGAACGAGAAUAGAAAAAAACCCAUCCAGAAGACACUAGAAAUAGCACAUUAGACAUCCCUCGCAAUUGACUGCUAAUAAAUUUGC